AUUUACUGCAAAUUCAUGACAUUUGACGCGAAGGCAGCUGGUUACUGAUGGUGAUUCAAAAAAGUGUUGCCUGAUUAAAUUUAUAAUAUAAGAUCACAACAUGUUGGUCUUCUGUGAUAUUUUUGACUUCAAAGUACUUAUAUUUGCCUGUUUAUUGGCGUUUUUGCCACAUAAUUUCGCAAACGAUACUAAUGAAGGCGCAUUAUCGCUUACUCAACAAAAUAUCGAUAUGACGCUUGCAACAAAUGAAUUGGUAUUUAUAAAUUUUUACGCACAGUGGUGCCGUUUUAGCAAUUCGUUAGCUCCUAUUUUUGAAGAAGCUGCAAAUAAAAUAAAAAAUGCAUUUCCUGAACCAGGGAAAGUUGUAAUGGCAAAAGUAGAUUGUGAAAGGGAAUCUUCUAUUGCUUCAAGGUUCCAUAUCACUAAGUAUCCAACUUUAAAAGUUAUAAGAAAUGGUCAGCCAACCAAGCGAGAAUAUAGAGGACAGCGAUCUGUAGAAGCUUUUGAGGAAUUUAUAAAGAAACAAUUGGAGGAUCCUAUUAAGGAAUUUUAUGAUUUAAAGGAAUUAACUAAUUUAGAUGAUAAAAAAAGAAUGAUCAUUGGAUAUUUUGAUAGAAAGGAUGUUCCUGAGUAUGAAAUGUUUAGAAGAGUUGCUACAAAUCUCAAGGAUGAUUGCCAAUUCCAUGUUGGCUUUGGCACAUGCUCAGCACAAAACUGUGAAAUUGGGGAACAUUUUCACUUUUUGAAUGCAAGCAAAGCUAUGCACCCUCCAGGAGAACCUAUAAUUGUCUUCCGGUCCGACAAGGCACUUUCUAAUGAUGAAGAUGAAACGUAUCAUGGAAGUUUGAACAAUUUUGAUGAAUUAAAUGUUUGGGCACAAGAAAAAUGUGUUCCUUUUGUGAGGGAAAUCACGUUUGAGAAUGCUGAGGAAUUAACAGAGGAAGAUCUACCAUUCCUUAUAUUGUUUCAUGCUCCCGAUGAUGUUGAAAGUGUUAAAAUGUAUAAAGAUGUAGUAUCAAGGACAUUACUUGAUGAAAAACAAAAUGUAAAUUUCUUAACUGCGGAUGGUAUGAAAUUUGCUCAUCCUCUACAUCAUUUAGGAAAAACUCCAGCAGAUUUGCCUCUAAUUGCCAUAGAUAGUUUUAGACAUAUGUACCUGUUUCCAAACUUUAAUGAUAUUCAUGUAGAAGGAAAACUAAAAGCUUUUCUACGAGAUUUAUAUUCAGGAAAGUUACAUAGAGAAUUUCAUUAUGGGCCAGAUCCUAGUAAUGAAGUACGAGAAAUUGUUGGACAAAUUAAGGUGCCUACAACUCCACCAGAAUCUACGUUUAAGAAACUAGCACCUAGCAAAAACAGGUAUACAUUACUCAAGGAUGAACUAUAAUAAUUAGAAUUAAUGAAACUCAGGAUAAGAUUUGUAUGACUUUGGUUAUGCAAUUUGUUAGUUUUCACAGUUAUUUACAAUGGUAAAAUCCAAAUUCGUUGUAUUAUUAAAAAAAAAAAAGAAAAAAAAUAUUAAUCAAUGUUAUAGUCGUGAUAACAUUUUUAAAAUCAUUUAUACAGUAUUGUAGUAAAAUUAAAUGCUUAUUUAGUCUAUUUUAAAUGGAAAUGGAAUUUUCACGGCCAAUCUCAUAUUAAUAAUUUAAAAGAAAGUAUGUAAUUCCAACCUAAAGUGUUUGGAUCUCUACCAAAUGUUAUAUACAUUUAAACUCUAACCUGUACAAAAAUUAUUCACGAUAUACAUAUAUAUAUAUAUAUAUAGUCGAAACCUUCGAACGGGUUUCGUUACAGGAAAUAAGUAGAUUUUAUUCUAUUUUUACAUAACACGUGCUUUUUGUAUUAUCUUUCUUUUCGUAUUGAAUAUUAAAAACGGUAAUAAUUCUUAAUGAAACUAUAAAUGAACGCCAGAGAUGUUAAUCUCCCAGUGUCAAUAUUCGUGUAAUAGAUGUUAUAUCUCAACUUAUAACGCGAUUUAUAGGAUAUUAUUAAAAAAGAGAAAAAGAAGAAAAAAAAAAGAAUACAAAGAAAUUACCCAACGAUAGGUAAAAAUGUUGUAAUAUAUCGUUCCAUAUAAUCAAACUUAAGUUUUACACUACCAAAUGUACUGUUGAUAUCAUGGCUGCGAUACGGCCUUUGUCCCACGUCUUUUUAUGCUUCUCAAUUAUAAGAUUCUCUAAUCUCUUCAUUAAAUUUCAAUUAACCAACAAAACGUUACACUUAAGAUGAUCAUCUUUUGAUACUUUUUAAUUACUUUUUUCAAAACUAAGCACAACGUGAAAUCGCAGUACAUGAUCGCGAGUAUGUUGAGGACGCUGAGUGAAAUGCGCGGGAGCACUCGAUCGCGUUCGAUUGCGUUCGAUUUUCGAUAUUAGAGAGUGAGUGAAUGAAAAUUUGAAAUCGAUUGUUUCGUUUAAAAAUGAAUCGCUUCUUGGGUAAAGUAUUUUAGAAUUGAUAUACAUCGACGAUAGUUUCGAUAUUUAGAACGUUUGAAUAUAAAUAAAAAAAUAAAAUAAAAAAAAAAAUAAUAAUAAUAAUAUUUCGUAUGAUAUAGUACUAAGAUACUCCUAAGAAGCCAAUUUGUAUGGAUGAUGGUAUUAACUUUUCUGUUAAUAAACGAUUUCUAAGUCA